AUGGGGGUAGGUGGAGAUGGGAAAAGUGGGGGGAAAUGGGGACAGAAAGAAAUUGCUUGGGAUGAUGAUGGACACAUGAUACAGUGUGCAGAUGAUGGGGUGAACUUUAAAUCAUUUUCUUUUUAUGCAGAAGACUUAACCAAUGGUUCAUAUGAUGAUGUCCUAAAUGCUGAACAACUUCAGAAACUCCUUUAUCUGCUUGAGUUAACUGAGGAUCCUGCGAUCAUUGAAAGAGCUUUGGUCACUCUGGGUAACAAUGCAGCCUUUUCAGCUAACCAGGUUAUUAUUCGUGAAUUGGGUGGUAUUCCAAUUGUUGGAAGCAAAAUCAAGGAUCCCAACCACAGUAUUAAAGAGAAGGCUUUAAAUGCACUGAGUAACCUGAGUGUGAAUGUUGAAAAUCAAAUCAAGAUAAAGGUAUACGUCAAUCAAGUCUGUGAAGAUGUCCUCUCUGGUCCCCUGAACUCCCCUGUGCAGUUGGCGGGACUGAGAUUGCUAACAAACAUGACAGUUACCAACGACCAUCAGCACAUGUUUACCAAUUACAUUACAGACCUGUUCCAAGUGUUGCUUGCAGGAAAUGGAACCACCAAGGUUCAAGUUUUAAAACUGCUGUUGAAUUUGUCUGAAAAUCCAGCCAUGACUGAAGGACUACUUGGUGCCCAAGUGGAUUCAUCAUUCCUUUCCCUUUAUGAUGGCCACGUGGCAAAGGAGAUUCUUCUUCGAGCUCUUACGCUAUUUCAGAAUAUAAAUAACUGCCUCAAAAAGGAAGGCCACCUAACUGUUCAGCCUACUUUCACUCAAGGUUCAUUGUUUUUCCUGUUGUAUGGAGAAGAAUGUGCCCAGAAAAUGAGAGCAUUAGUUAAUCAUCAUGAUGCGGACGUGAAGGAAAAGGUAACAAUAAUACCCAAACGCUAACUGGUAGGUCAUACUUUCCAAAGAGUAAUGCAGUCUGGAAGUAAACUUCAUCUUCCUUACAAAGGGAUUCUUCCAGCUGCUGAAUUUAAACAGUAAAUAUCAGACUUCAUCAUUUCCACAGCUAGAACUUGCCAUAGUCUUGUGAUGUAUUUUAGACCAUUUUAUUGAUACCAAACAAAUAUAACAGCUUGUUCUGAAACAUUUAUUUCCUUUUAUUUUGCUCUUUGCUGAGCUACUUUAAUUAUUUCUUCUACAUGAAGUGACAGUGACCUUUUUAUAUGUAAGCUACUCUUCUGCUGUUUGCUGUGAUUAGUACUCACCUGAGAGAGCAUUAGUAUGUGAUUGUUUCAGAACUGCAGUAGGAAUGACCUUCUUUUAGUAACAAUGAGAUCCUAUGCUCUUGAGUCCACCUGCCAGCCUAGCCAUACUGCUUUCAAAAGUCUAUUCUAAUUAUUAAAAUCUAUUCUAGUCAAUGAAAAUGGUAAACUUUUCGGAGAAAUGUUUCCUACUACUCACCCACUCCCAUUCAGUGUGCCAGCAUGUAAAGAUGCUGUUAUAAAAUACUGGGAACCAUCUAAGUGCCCACCUAUGGUCAAUUGGUUAAGUCAAUCAUCUAGUCUUAAAGAACUAAGUAGGUCUGAAUGUGCUAAUGUGGAAAGACACCCCUGAAAUAUGAAUGUUUUUAAAUGAAAGCUAUUUAGGCUCAUAUAUGGAUAGACACUUCUAGAAUGAUACUCAAACUCCUGGGUGUGGGACUGUGGAGUGAGGAAAUGACUUUUCUAUGUUCACGUUCUACUGUUUGAAAUUUUUACUGUGGCAUAAAUUUUAUCAUAAUUUUUUAAAUAAAAAGGAAAAGUAA